CUUCACUAUUUUCGAUAAGGCCCGCCCAAGUUGAACUUCCCAGUUUCCACAAUGGCUGUCACUGCUUCUUCCCCCUUGUGUCUGUAACUAUUUUGUUUCCUGAAGCACCAUGGAUUUGACGUUUUGUUCAAAACCCCAUUCGCAACUACUACAAGUGUAUCACCAAUCCAUUGUUUCACCUCUUUCAAACUUUCAACACAGAACCCUCAAUUUUACUCGCUCAAUAUCCCUCUUUGCCGCCAAAAAAACAAGGGUUGUUUCCCAUCUUGAUGCUAAGGUUAAUGGUGCCCUUUCACCUGACCCAGAUUCCACUUUUCUUGACAGGCAAAAAGCAUUGGAAGCAGCAAUGAAUGAUAUUAACAACUCAUUUGGAAAAGGAAGCGUGACGAGACUUGGAAGUCUUGGUGGUGCUCUUGUUGAAACGUUUCCAAGCGGCUGUUUGUCCUUAGACCUUGCGUUAGGUGGUGGCCUGCCUAAAGGGAGAAUUGUAGAAAUUUACGGACCCGAAAGCAGCGGAAAGACCACCUUAGCACUACACGCCAUUGCAGAAGUACAGAAACUAGGAGGCAAUGCAAUGCUCGUUGACGCAGAGCAUGCAUUUGAUCCAUCAUAUUCUAGAGCAUUAGGAGUCGAUGUGGAAAAUUUAAUCGUUUGUCAACCAGAUAACGGAGAAAUGGCACUUGAGAUUGCAGAUCGUAUGUGUAGGUCUGGUGCUGUUGAUCUCAUUUGCAUCGACUCUGUUUCAGCUCUUACUCCACGUGCAGAAAUUGAAGGAGAAAUUGGAAUGCAGCAAAUGGGUUUGCAAGCGCGACUUAUGAGUCAAGCGUUGCGUAAGAUGUCAGGGAAUGCAUCUAAGGCUGGAUGUACUCUUAUCUUUCUUAACCAAAUUAGAUACAAGAUAGGAGUAUAUUAUGGGAAUCCGGAAGUUACGAGUGGAGGUAUUGCUUUGAAGUUUUUCGCAUCAGUUCGACUUGAAAUACGCCCUAUUGGGAAGAUAAAGUCGGUCAAAGGUGAUGAGGACAUUGGGCUCAAGGUUCGAGUAAGAGUUCAAAAGAGUAAGGUUUCAAGACCAUACAAGCAAGCGGAGUUCGAAAUUAUAUUUGGAGAGGGGGCAAGCAAAUUGGGAUGUAUAUUGGAUUGUGCUGAAAUGAUGGACAUUGUUUUAAAGAAGGGCUCAUGGUAUAGCUAUGGAGAUCAAAGGUUGGGGCAAGGAAGAGACAGAGCAUUGCAGUACUUAAGAGAGAACCUUCCCCUUUGUGAUGAAAUAGAAAAGCUUGUGAGAUCAGCAAUGAUGGAUGGAAGUGGGCAUGCAAUUACUUCUUAUGCACGCCACUCAACACCAUUUCAAGAAGAGGAUGAACUACUUGAAGAACUCAGAUGAAAAUACUGUAGAAACUUGAAGAAUUACUCUAGUAGUCGACUGUUGAUUUCGGAUUUAUAAACCGAAUUUGUUGUAUCCUUCGUUAACGUGUUAUAUAUCUUGGUUUAUAAAUUUUUUUUCUUACGGAAUAGUCGGCAAACCAAGUCUUGUGUGGGUUGUAAAAUCAUCAUUGUUUUCAAAAUUUCAGUUAUUUGGAUAAAAA